AUGUCGAGUGGAGAAAAUAAAUCGGUAGAAUUAGAUAAAAAUUUCUUAGAGUUAUGUUAUGCUUGUCGAAUUGGUGAUGUUGAGAAUGCAGAUAUCUUGAUUUCUAGUGGAGCAAAUGUCAAUGGAGUGGAUGAAUUUGAUAACUCGCCAUUGUUCUUGGCUAGUUUAUGUGGUCAUGAAGAUGUUGUGAACUUGCUAUUACGUAGGGGUGCUGUUUGUGAUAGAGAUAGGUAUGAGGGAGCUCGUUGCAUAUAUGGAGCUUUGACGGAUUCUAUCCGUAAUAUCUUAUUGAAAUUUGACAUUUCAAAAGCAGUGGAUGUAAAACAGCCAUUUGCAUCGCAUUUAUCUUCAUUAUUGAAUGAGGAGUCUUUGUCAAUUGCAAGCUUUGACUUUGUCUUUAUUUUUGAUGGAGAGGAGUAUAUUCAUGCUCAUAAGUUCAUGCUAGUUGCAAGGUCUGCUUAUUUUAAAAAGAAAUUCGAAGGCCCUUGGGCCCAUUUAACAAGGAAAGUCAUGCCAGAAGGAUCAAAUGUAGAAGCUUUCAAAUUAAUACUCAAAUUCAUUUAUUUAGUUCCUAUUUUACAUGAGUUAAAACCAAAACAUUUGAAAGCUGUUCGCCAAUUGGGUAAAAAACUCUGUCUUUCCGAUUUUUUGAAAUACCUUGAUAUGGUCGAUCAUGUUUCUGAUCCUUCGGAAAAGGCAACUCUUAUGACAGAGUUCCAAUAUAAAUUUAACACAGAUUCCCGCACUCAAUUAGAAGCAUUUGUCCACGAGAAAAUAUUUUCGAAUCGUGUCGAAGUGGGAGGUCUUACGGAUCAUAAAAUAAGGCUACUAUUAGGCCAAUCAGACAAUAAAUCGUUUGGGGACACCAUACUUAUAGUUCCUACAGCAGAUGGGCGAGAGUUUGCAUAUCUGUGUCAUAAAGCUAUUUUAAUUAGGUCAACCCUUUUCAAAACAAUGUUUUCUUCGCUUUUCCUGGAAGCAGAAGCCGAAUUACCCAUUGUAGCAUUACCUGGUCCCGUCUCAUGCGAAGUAGCAGAAGUCGUCCUUUCGUAUUUGUAUUAUGACUCGACUGACAUACCUUGGGAAAUUACUCUCGAUGUACUAAGUGUCAGCGAUUAUCUAUUGACGGACAGAUUAAAAACUAUGGCCGCUGUCACUAUAACCCAAAGUGAGGAAUUCCUUAAGAAAUAUUCAGUAUUUGAUGUUCUUCAUGCAGCCUGGAGCUGCUCUAUAGAGCGAUUGGAACAUCAUGCGGCCAAAGUUAUUGCAUAUGACAUGGAGCGUUAUAUUGAUGACGACCUUUUAAAAAGUGCUAUUAUCGAAAGUUCUCAGAGGAUAAAAAGUCGGCAAGAUACGGAUACUAUUGAGCUUGUUGAUGAUAUUCGAUUUUACUUGCUCCAAAAGCAUGAUUUGCAACCUGAUAUAUUGGAGUUGCUCGACAGCGAAGAAGACAUAGACUUCUUGAAAAAAUCAGGACUCUUAGAAUACAAGAGAGAUAUCGAGAUAUUUGAUAGCCUUCUACAGGGGCUUGGAUUCGAUGUUUAA